AUGAUACCAUCCAUAUUCAUUAUACUUGAUAAAUUACCUUUGAAUCCAAAUGGAAAAAUAGAUCGGAAACUUCUUCCUUUGCCUCACUUCUCAUCGAUACAUCUCACAAAUAGUAUAGAGCUAUUACUACCAACAAAUGAUAUUGAAAUUAGUAUUCAUCAUAUUUGGUGUGAAAUACUCAAACAAAGUCAAAUCUCAACUGAUACAAAUAUGUUUACUAUAGGUGGUCAUUCAUUACUUAUCAUGCAACUCUUUCAUCGGUACAAGAUCGAGUUUCAUUUAGAAACAAAUGCUCUUUCUAUUUCAAAUCUUUUUCAACAUCCAACAAUUAUUCAUCAUGCUCAACUCAUUCAGCAAUCCAUCAAUAUCAUCCAUACUCUCGAUGAUUAUUCUUGGUCUUCCUUACAUCUCACUCAUGCUAGAGCAUCAUUUGCACAAGAACGAAUCUACUUAGAUGAACAAAUCCGUUUUUCAUCUAACAAAACAACGAUGAAUAAUAUGUAUGUUAUUCCAUUACUUUAUCGUAUAUCAUCUGUGAAUGAUCAUGUAUCAAUCACUCGAUUACAUCAUGCAUUUCAAAGUGUGAUCACAAAACAUAAUAUUCUUCGAACAGCACUUUAUCUUGAUUCAAAUAGCAAUAUUAUACAGUGCUGUUUAGAUGCAAAGAUUGUUCUCAAUGAUGAAAUCAUAUCAAAUGGAUUGACAAUCGUUAAUCUUCGUAACGAUGAUCAUCGCCAUAUGAAUGAAAUUAUUGUAGAAAUAUUAAAUCAGCCUGAUUUAUUUGAUUUGUCAGAAGGACGUGUUAUUCGUUGUCAUAUUCUUCGUCAUUAUCAUCAAUCUCAAGCUAAUAUUUCAUGUGCGAAUGGUGAUCUAUUGACUGAAAAUGAUUACAUAUUGAUUAAUAUUCAUCAUGCUUGUUUUGAUGGAGCAUCAACAUCAAUCUUCAUUCGUGAUCUUUCUUUUGCUUAUCAAACCGACGACUCAUUAUCUAUGGAUGAUAACUCAUUGAAUUAUAUAGAUUAUUCUGUUCAUGAACAUAUCAUGGAUAUGUCAUUAUCUCUUGAAUUCUGGCAUUCUCAACUUGAAAGAUACAAUAUUGAAUGUUCAUUAUCAUUACCAUUUGAUCGACAACGUUCAUCAACUAGUCAACAACGAUCAGGUUUAGCAUCCCUGGUUGAAAUCACUUUUGAUAAUGAAUUAUAUACAUCAUUUCUAAAUUAUGCAUCAUCACAUCAUCUCACACUUUUUCAACUUGGAUUAUCCAU